AUGCUAAUGACUGAUUUAAUCCAUGGGCAUACAAUCACACAAAUGGCUGCAAUGAGUUUAUUGGAGUUAUUAAUUUCAUUUGAUCGUUGUUCACACCAGUUGAUUUCACAAAUUGAUAGUCAAGGAACUAUUGAGCAUCUCUUGGAGACUAUAGUUGAUGAUUUAAAUGCAAUCACUAAAUUCUUAACAUCUACUGAUGCUAGAAUACAUGAUGAUCCACAGUUGAACAAGCAGCUACCAGUCGAUGUGAUGAAUGACAAGUAUACACCGAAUACUGUCUCUGCAUUCUUGUUGUAUCAAUCGAAAAUGUCACUUCUGUGCAGGAUAGGCAGUUCACGUGCUGGUGCAAAGGUUUUAGCAAAUCAUGGUGUAUUGAACCGUUUAGCCGAUUGUGAAUUAUUCUCCUUAUCCAAUUUAGCCAAUUGUUAUGCUUAUGGCUUAGAUAAUUUAUAUAUUUGUGAAGAUAUUAACAAUACUACUACCAAUAAUAAUAGUAGUAAUUUUAUGAAUUAUUCAAAUCAUGUCGAUGAAUCCAUCACAGCUGAUUUCAACUGGUUCCAUGCAUUAUGUCAACAUCUACAUUGUUUAUCACCACUGAGUGUUAGUAGUAAAACUGAUAAUGGUAAUAAUAAUUACAAUAUUUAUUGGGAUAUCAUUGAAUUAAUCAUUAUUGGUAAAGGCAGUGUAGAGUCUGGUUGUCAGUAUCAUCAAGAACUGCAAAGUGAUGAAGAUGAGGAGUUGAAAGUCACCUGGGCUGCUGCAUUGAUGCCUACUUUGAGACUUUGUAAAAUUGUAUUGAAUUCAUUAGGUCCUACUCAUAUGUCAAUUAAUCAGCAAGUGUUCAAUUUCCUCUAUACUCAUUCCAGUUCAUUAAUGUGCAAUGAAACACAGUUGAGCAGUUCGUUAGUAACCUUUUUAAGUCGACAAGAUUGGUCUUACAUAAAUCAUAAUCAUAACACUAUUGAUGAUUUUAAUAACAACAACAAUCAUACUAAUACUGUUUCAUCGAAUUCCCUGAAUUCUGAUUGGCUUAUCCAAUGGAUAGCAUCAGAAACUAAUAUUAUUAAUUUAUUCACUUUAAUUAUGCAAGCGUGUAACAGUUCACUAAGUGUAUCCUGUAGUGAUGAAUAUUCUAAUCUACAACGAGAAGUGAUACAGUCGAAAAUUCUCCGUCAUACGUUUGAUCUACUCGUCAAUCUGAUCGAUCCAAAUACUGCCUACUCUACUGGUAAUUAUGCUUCUGCUAUUACUGCGGCUAGUCAUUAUGGUGAUGAUGUUGACUCGUCUAGGCGAAGUAAAUUCCAGAAUAGUUGUCUAGCCUUUGAAUACUUAUUCAUUGAAACACAAUACAUUCAGCUAAUGUUUAAUUUAUUAUGUGUGCUGACAUCGUAUUUGAGUACACCAGAGGGUAGACUGAGAACCAUUGCAUCUGAUGGAUUGAACAAGUGGUCUACGCGUACACUGUUUCAAUUCUUCAAUAGUUCUCCAAAUAUGUAUAAGCAAGAUAAUAAUAAUAAUAAUAGUAGUACUAAUAUGGAUUCAAAAGUCCUCGAUACGUUGGCUUUAUUUAUUACUAUAUUGAAAUGGGCAAUGAAAUGUUUAUACAGCAAGGAGAAGAUUUGCAUAUCCCUGAUGAAUGCUCAAUUCCUUAAUAAUUAUAGUAAUAAUAAAAAUAAACGUUCAGAGAAUCAUCACAGUGAACAACAACAAAAACAACAAUUUGGACAGUCUGUUGCCCAACUGUUAAAUUGUGAAUCAUCCAGUGAAAACUUAUCCAUCCAUGAAUUGAAACAAGCUUCAUCUAUCAUUUUUAAUUUUUCUGCACAGUUGUUAAAUUCUAAUGAUCGAAUGACCGGCGGUAAAGAAAGUCAGAAUUCAGAGUUUAUGAUGAUGCAGAGAUUAACACAGAUUGGUGCUAGUUGUUUACGUGUUCAAUUGCGUGGACUUAUUGGUAUUAUUGAACAGUCAGCCUUUUUAUUAUGGAAGCAUUUAACUAACUUCAUCAAUAACCAGGAUACAAAAGUUGAAAGCAUCAAAUCAAAAGAUCAAUCUUUACAGCCUCAACGUUUACGUGAUCUCUCGUCAAGUUUUACUUCAUCACCGAAAGCAAAACCCUUAUCAUCAUCUCCAGCACAGCGACAGAUUACAGUUAAUACGGCUGCCGCUACUGCUGGUACUGGUACUGGUCAUGAAGAUAAGAGCCUAGUGCAAAAGAAUAUUGCCUUUCUUCGUAGUCAUUUCGAUCAUUCAAUGCUUCAUGAAAUGUUUGAAAUGCUGAAUCACUUAACUAAGGCUGCUUUCUUAAAACAGAAUCAACGACUAUUUAUUCAAGUUAUGCAUAAUCGCUUGGAGAAAAUUCUGAUAAGCACAAACACCAAUCAGAACAUUCAAUGA